AUCUUUAUAUUUACUCACCCUGUGUAUCACUCGCUCAUUCACUCACGCGCCCAUCUUUACAUUCACGCUCCCUCAGUUAACCAAAACAAUAACAAACCCCACGGGAAGUUUGAAUGGAGUGUAUGUGAGACAAUAUGAGUAAUGCCGCUGAUGAGACUCCCAACAUUACCAACCCUGCUGAGCCCAACCCUGCCAACCCUGAGCCUACCGUGGACUCCUGCUCCAGAGAGUCUACGAGUGCAGGAGACAAGAUCCUAAAGAGCAGCACCCCGGUCCACCACCCCUGCAGCGCGAGCGAGCCGAGCGUGAACAAACAUACUCAUCAGAGGCAGCCAGCACACUGCUGCCUGACGUGUUGAUUCUGACCAUUUGGACUCAGGCAGUGGGAGCCAAGGAAGCUUAAGCUUCAAGGAAGCUUAAGCUUCCUUGGUAAGAACGGUGCUGACUCAAAAUCGCUCGAGUCAAAUGAUUCCUUGUGACUUGAGUCGAUUCCCUUGGUGUAAAUGCGGCCUGUUGGUAUGGCCGCAAGGGAUAACACUGUGUCAACUCUCCCUCUCCCUCUCGCUCUCCCUCCCCUCAGUCCCCCCUGGGCAGCAACACAGUGUGCUGGCAGGGAUGAGUGUGUCCGCGUGCCUGGUGCCUCUGCCCACCAAGGAGGAACACAUGCUGUGGGCUGAGAGGGUCAAGCCACACCUGCCUCAUAGUGUUACGAUACACAACAACCUGGUGCAGCACGGACUGGGCCUGGUCUGUCACGACACCUUCUACGUGCUGCGGGACCGGCCACACUCAGUCACCGUACUGUGCAGGAAGGAGAUAAGCCCACACACGCAACAUGUCGGAAUAUUCUGCCUGAAGGAGGAAGUUGACACGCUUGUAGAAGUCCUGAGGUCUUCACCUGUCAUUGACUGGGAGUGCACGAAGAGGAAUCAUCUUGUCAUCCACCACAUCCCUCCCUACGCUGCUGAGCCCUUGGUGAGGCUGCUGCAAGAGAGGGGAUUAAAGGUGUGGUUACUGACUUGCUUCACCUUCACCUAUGACGCUCACCUGGACCAUCGCACGCUCAGGGUCGCGGCGGGGUUCCGUGUGUGCAGGCUGGGCAGAGCAGGCGUUCGUCACCUCCAGAAGAAUGCUAAGUCUGAUAGAAUACCCAUCAUGGAAAGGAUGGCAGAGGGCGUGCCUUACAUAGGAGUGUACCAGGACCCAACCAGCACACAGGAGGCGACAGUAGACCCAGAGAACCUUCCUGUCGCUGGAGACGAGGAGAUACCAGUGGCUUGGUGUUGCUCGAAGCCUUCAGGAGACAUGGGCAAGCUGAUGACAGACGAGAGGUUCAGGAGACGUGGGUUUGGAAAGCUGCUGACGGCGACGUUAGCGAGGCGACAAGCUGCCCUCGGUUUUAUUCCUCAUGCGUUUGUUGAGGAGGACACUUCUGCCUCUAAAGUGAUGUUCGAUAAUUCGCCAGACUGGAGUGUGACGCAUGAAAAUAUCUGGAUCAUUGAGUGUCAGGAGCCUUUAUAGCUGAGUCUUGGAGGCUGAGGACUUGCUAAACUUUCCACCAGGAGCCAAUAGGGAUAAAAUGUGUGUGUGUGGGUUUGUGUGUGUGUGUGGGUGUGUUAUUAGAUUUCAGCGUUGUGAACCAGCGCUGUGUUGUAUUGCUGUGACAGCAAGCUGACCUUCAGGACUCACUGAGCUGCUGGCCAGGGAAGCGUCGGGGAAGCUCGCGUCCCUGAUAAGGAUCUCGUGGCUCUUUGAGAGCAAGGGGCUGGCGGUCCUCUACAGGGCGCAGACUCGCUCUGCGCACUGCGGUUGGCUGUCCUUGGGCGGGGCAGCGAGAAGCCACCGUGCCCUCCAGUCACCGGACACAGUUCAGGACAGAGGACGAGGCUCACCAGCAGUGCCGGGCCUCUAUUCCACUCACCCUUAAAAAUAAUGUGGAAUGUAAUUAAAGUAUUUUUGUAUAUUUUCAACUUAUUCAUUAUUGUAGCUGCCCGGAGGCAUUGUAUCAACAUGAUGCAUCACUAAUAAUGGAUUAUGCUAAUUAGGACAAUCAACCCCUCGUAAUACAGAUGUGGAACUCACGUGUUUGGGGUCUUAAGGAGGCCUGUCACCAAGCAGCACCUGCGUCUGUAUGGUAGUGGUCCGAUCUUUCCUGGAGUAGUCACACCCUAACUCGGUGGCGGUACAAAGGAAUCUGUACCUCCGGGCUUCGUUCCUGCUGGCCCGCGGCGCCUCACGCCUGCCCAUCUUACCAGCAAUAGUUCCCGGGUGCCUCAUUCCUCUACGGAGAUCCCUCUGUGUCUUAUCUACCCUACGCGCCAUGUCAUCAACUUUACCACGUAAACACAACCCUCACUAUCUCUCUGCAGCUAAGCUCUCCACAGCUAGUUCCUCUCACACAUCUUCACUACUGCAAUUAACUACUAUGAUGAAUUCUAAUGAACAAAGUUUCCUUAGUGUUAGCCAUGCUUCAUAUACUAGUUCACUUCAACUCUCAUAACACAGAUCAUAUGUUAUUUAGCAUACGCUUGCUCAACAACAACAACUUUCACCCGCUCGGUGGUCUUUCACCCUCUCGGCGCUAACAAAUAUGUUUUAUGUUCCAUUUUUUCCCCUUUUUUACUAUUUCCAGAAAUAUACCUAAUGGAAAAUACAA